AUGGAGACCAAGGGUAUCAAACGCAAUACGACUACCUAUAGUUCCACUAUGUCUGCAUGCGAGAAAGGACAUCAGUGGCAGAAAGCUUUGGAUCUGUUCUAUGAGAUGACGACCAAGCGUAUCAAACGCAAUAAGAUUACCUAUAAUUCCACUAUAUCUGCAUGUGGGAUGGGAAACCAGUGGCAGAAAGCCUUGGAUCUGUUUUAUGAGAUGGCGACCAAGGAUAUCAACCGCGAUACGAUUACCUAUAGUGCCACCAUAUCGGCAUGUGGGAUGGGAAACCAGUGGCAGAAAGCCCUGGAUCUUUUCAUGGAGAUGUGCGACAAGAACAUACCAAUAAACGAUGCAAGCUACAGUGCAAUUAUUCAGGCACUCGGUUCAGAUUGUAAGAACAACGACCUGAUCGAUUUGUUUUAUGAGCACAUGCUUCGAAGUCUGCCUGAGUUUGAUCAACGUUGGCUUCGACUAAACGAACAAGGCGAACUGGACCUGCACGACCACUCGCAGUACAUGGCACAAGCCGCAACGAGACAGCUACUAUGUGUACUCCAGAAACAGGAGGGCUAUGAUUCCCUGGAGAAAGGUUCAAAAUUCAGGUACAUCAUUGUGGGUCAGGGCAACAACAGCGCCGAUGGACUACAACAUUACUUUAAUAAUGACACAUAUAUUCUAUGCGCAUGCAAAUGCGGUCAGUGA